AUCAAAGGAAGAAGAAACAUGUCACAAAGUCUUCUCUUCGCUCUGCCGGUGACAGUUCCAAGUUCAUCUUCGAAGGCAAAGUGGUUGAUCGGUGACCGCCGUCCUUUUGGAAAUCCCAAUCCGUCGGUACCUCCCAACCACAUCCCGUCGCCGUUAUCCCGGAAAGUUGUCCGGCCCUUUCUUCCUCCAGUCUGCUGUAGUAACAAUCUAGCUGUAGAGUUCAAGAAGGGUCAAAGUAUGCAUGUGUUCCAUGAAAUUGAGCUGCAAGUGCGAGACUACGAACUCAAUCAAUUUGGUGUCGUAAACAAUUCAGUUUAUUCAAGUUAUUGUCAACAUGGACAACACGAAUUGCUGGAUCUGAUAGGAAUAAACCCAAAUGAUGUUGCUAAUAGAGGCGAGGCCCUAGCUUUGUCUGAGGUGACACUAAAAUUCCUCAAUCCACUAAGAAGUGGAGACAGGUUUGUUAUGAAGAUGAGAAUAUCAAAUUCAUCAGCAACUCGAUUAUACAUUGAACAGUCCAUCUUUAAGUUGCUAGAUAAUGAGCCUAUUCUCGAAGCAAAAGUGGUCGUAGUUUUGCUCAACAAGAACUAUCGCCCUAUCCGGUUACCAGCAGAUUUGAUGUCCAAGUUUGUCAAGAUUAUUCAACAAGAGGAUCAAUCCAAUUACUAAAUUUAUGAGUUGCAUAUAG